AUGUCAAAUGUAGCAUACCAGCGACCCCUUCCUCCAGGAAAGCUUCCGGUCUAUGAUCUUGCACUCGAGUUGUUGGAAAAGGACAGCGCUGAGAAGAAAUUGUUACUGGAAAAAGAAACAGAUCCUGCAAACAAGGCGAGGUUAGAGAUAUUGAGCCAAAUAAAUUUGCCAGAAGUACGAUGGAACUUCGCUCAGGGGAAAUGUGAGCCAAAGACUGUGGCACCGGAGUUUAUUUACCAAUGGCUCCCAGAUGAUCUCGCCCAGCCAAUAUAUCGUCACCUAUUAGAACAAAAAUGGAGACAAACCGGCCCUCUUGAUUUGCUGAUGGAGCGAGUUCACCAAAUGAAAGUUAUUCCCGAUCUAUUGGCUGUCUUUCAUCCGACCGUUGAUCUACGUAUUUCAUUUGGGGAGGAAACGGACGUCACACCUGGUGUCUUCCUGCCCGUGCAUUCCACCAUGGCGGCGCCGAGUAUUACGGCGCAGCCGUACCACUCGGAGGAAAGAUUAUACACAUUGUUGAUAAUCGACCCUGAUGUGCCCGAUCCAUCUACGAAAAGCUUCACAACUUAUCUUCAUGCAUUUCAACCCAAUAUCUCACUCUCCGCAACCAAGACGCAAAUUUCACUCACUAUAGCUCCGGAGACUUCAGAAACGUCACUUCCGUAUAUUCCUCCCCACCCUCAGCGUGGAACGCCCUACCAUAGAUACACUACGCUUCUCCUUCCCCAGAGUUCGGAGCUUUCGGUCAACAUGUCUGAAUUGCCUCGGGAGAACUUUGACGUGCGCAAAGCGUACAAAGAAUACGACUUUGCUGUUGGGGGUGGCAUUCAUAUGUUCCGUGAGACGUGGGAUGAGACUGUUGGGUCUGUGUACAAGAAAUUUCUCGGUCAACCUGAGCCCAAGUUCGGGGGAAUCCCAAAGCCAGAGCCAUAUUUGGAUGAUACUGGAAAGCGAUACAGAAAAUACACUACCGCCUAG